AUGUCUUCGACUGCUCUGCAAACCCCUGCUGGAUUGCCGACGCCAACCCGACAUCACACGUCAUCUCGCUCUUCGCCCACACGCGAAGGCUAUCAUGCCACUAAGCAAACACAGCAGCAACAGCAACAGCAAGCUUCGACAACUUCUUUGGCAUCGUCUUCCCGGCCGUCCCGGAAGAGCAGCUCCGGCGGAAACAGCAAUAACAACCACCCCAACAAUAGCGGCGCCUUCUCUUCCCCUGUCAAUCCCGCGGCUGCAGUGAACGCUGCUACCGUGUCGAUGCCCGAUUACUCCCAACCCAGCCCUUCCGCCUCUUCCGAGCGUAGGCGCCAUGUACCGCCUGUCGCCCCCGCGCGCACAUCCUCCUCCCGAUAUGACCAGCAGGCACCCGCUUCUAGUAUGCCUGCGAAUUCAGGUUCGCGGAGAUCAACUGCAGUCGCGGGUACUGGUUCGGCUUCCGCCCAAAUGACGGCCAUCGACUCUCCAAGGCGCCACCGAGACUCCAGAGGCACCCCGAAUGGCUCAAGCUCUACUCAAGAGUCGUCACACCGAAGACAACGUGCGCAAGCUGCUACUCAAGACGAACACACCCACAGGAAGACGACGACCUCAAGAGCGACCACAUCAAGCCUGCCUGUUCGAACCGCAUCAUCAGCAGCGCCUGCAUCAUCCCAUACGCCACAGAGAGAGAACAGCGAAAUUUUAAAUGCUAUGGUUGUGUCUCAAGACGAGAUCGAUAUUGAGCGGGAGAGGACCCGUUCACUACAAGCCCACUCUAACCAAGAUACCGACGUUGAUAGCGCCGACGCCGUGCCUCCUCCAAUUGUGUCCCACAAUGCUGCUCAUGAUCCUAUCGAAGACCACCAUCGUGGUACUCGGAGUAGACACGACCACUCAAGACGCGAGAAGCAGAUGAAGUUUGGAGAGUACAUCUUAGGAAACACCAUUGGCGAGGGCGAAUUCGGUAAAGUCAAGCUGGGCUGGAAACAGGAGGGCGGUGUCCAGGUUGCCAUCAAGCUUAUCAAGAAAGACACGCUCGGAAACAACCCUACACGCAUGGCCAAGAUUAUGCGGGAAGUGAAUAUCCUGCGGCAACUGAACCACCCGAACAUUGUCCAAUUGCACAAGAUGGAGGAGUCAGAGCACCACUACGGAAUCGUAUUGGAGUACGCCUCGGGUGGUGAGCUGUUCGACUACAUCUUGAACCACCGCUAUCUUAAGGACCACGCUGCUCGGCGACUCUUUGCCCAACUGAUUUCCGGUGUGGGGUAUUUGCACAAGAAGGGCAUUGUUCACCGUGAUCUGAAGCUGGAGAAUUUGCUGUUGGAUCGAAACCGCAACAUCAUUAUUACAGAUUUUGGCUUUGCCAACACGUUCGAGCCGGCGGAGGAGCUGACUGAAGACGAGGAGGCAAACCUAGUCGACCGGGAGUGGGUAAAGCGAAUGGGCUUCGACCUGGUCAAGCCUAACGGCAUGCGCAAGGCCGAUCUGAUGCAAACCAGCUGCGGUAGUCCUUGCUAUGCUGCGCCCGAGCUUGUCGUCAGCGACUCUCUAUACACUGGCCGCAAGGUUGAUGUCUGGAGCUGUGGCGUCAUUUUGUACGCCAUGCUUGCGGGCUAUCUUCCAUUUGACGACGACCCGAAGAAUCCGGAGGGCGACAACAUUAACCUGCUGUAUAAAUACAUUGUCAACACACCCCUCACCUUUCCCGAAUAUGUCACACCUCAUGCUCGGGAUCUCCUUCGGAGGAUUCUCGUUCCCGACCCGCGGCAGCGGGCCGAUCUUUUCGAGGUGGCCCGCCACAGCUGGCUAAGCGAGUACGCAAACGUGGUCGAGUUUAUCACAAGCAGCAAUACCCAACCAGCCGAUAUACAGAAUAUGACUCCAGGCGCGGAGGAGUAUGGAGAGAGUUCGAUGGCACGGAGUGCGUCUGUCCGCGAAUCGUCCAAGAAGGCUGCCACAUCAACAGCAAUUGGUGGCUUGACCAGCAAACAGGGAACGGUCGACCCAGAAGCCGAAAUUGUUCAAAAACAGCAGAAAGACAACAAGCGAAGAACGGUGCAGGUGGAAUAUGUGGCACCUACUACCCAAACUCAGCGUGGCGAAGCGAAUGCACAGCUUGGCGGACCUUCUGGUGCAAACCACUUCCCCGAGAUCCGCCAGCGUCAAAGGACGCUCACACAAAACCCCAAAGAGACUCGAGACGUCCUCCAAGUGCUCACCGGAAUCGCAAGUGGCGGCCGUCCUGUGACUGGGGGCUCCAUGGCGUCAACGGGUUCACGAACGGCGCCACCUCGUGCGCCGAUUGGCCAGCCAACCCCUCCCACCGUGGCAGGUACUAACGCACAUGGGAAAAUCCAGCAGCCGACGAGUAGCAGCGGCCGCAACUACAUCUCGAGUCCACAGGACGCGUCGAGCUUUGGACGACCCAGUGUCAGCGUGGCGCCGAAGUUUGCUCAAGUGCCAGGCGUUGCUGGAGGAAAUGGGGAACGGGCGAGCACUCCUCUUGUAGGAGAAGCCAAGGGACACCGGCGCUCAAACACCUUGGGCGAUAUCACCGACAAGCUGCUGGGGCGUAGUGGGUCGAUUUUCAGCGGAAAGAACCGCAAGCGGCCGGAACACCGCCAGUCAGUUGGGGGAGACAAGCUGUCUAGGCGGUACCCGCCUGUAAGCAUGUCCAACACGGCAGCUUCUGUCCAAACCACUGGUGCAGAUGAGCCUCGCGCGUCAAUGGACUCGACUGCUCGACAGUCGAGGCGGUCAUUCACCACUGGGCUGGGGAAGAAACGGUCGGGCAGCAUUGAGGCGGGAUCGCAGUCGUCACAGGAGAAGCAACAGAAUCGUCGGUUUUCAAUCCUUCCGACAUCUUUCUCCCGCAAAGCGGUCAAUACCAACAAAGACGACGACCGAAGCCCCGACUCUCAGCUUGAUCUCCCAAUCCAGGAACCUGCUGCAGGCACUGGGCUUGUUGUGAGCGAUGAUGAGACGGAUGCGGAGGGCUUGACUGGAGGAUAUGAAGAAGUACAGCAGCAACCCCAGCAGCAGCAACAGCGCCAGGGCUCAAGACAGAGCCAUGAGCAGCAACGUCCUCCAGCAGGGCGUCAUACUCUGGCACCUGCCGGCCAUGACACGCAAGAUAACGUGCAGCGGAGCCCACCACUAUCUGCGCCUUACCAGACUGCAUCGGAUGGAACGCAGGUCCAGGAUCCGCGACGGGCGUCUAGCCGCGGCGGGCGUGUGGUUCUGCAAAAGAACAAGCGACUGGUGGAUGCUUACGACACCGAUGAUUUCGCAAAGCACCAUGACCGGAGCGGCAGCAGUGGAGCAGCCCGGCGGGUGAUGGAUUUCUUCCGGCGACGCGGAAAGGCCAGAGGCGGCGAUGAAUGA